AUCAUAAAAACAAAAUGGUGGAACACUUCCGAGUUACCUGUACAAAUUUCUAGGGUAAACUAUGGUUUAACCGGACAGAAAAUACACAUCUGUAGUGAAAUGGUUCACUUCAAAUUAAUAGUAUACAUAUAUGGAAAAGAGGUUUAGUAAAUCCCCCUGACAGCAUGAACACAUUUGCUUUCACAUGUUACUUGGUUUAUACAACUGCUGUUUUAUCUGUUGUGAAAUCACAGUAUGAUUAUGGUGACAUAGAUGUUUCAGCAGUUAAUAGACUUUCCUUACGUAAUGAGGGAGACACAGGGACAGUAGUAUUCAAGGGGAAAGUAACAGAUAAAACCAGUCCAUCUGUCUUACGUAUUCAGUCAAAACCAAACUGUUACAUGUCUAUCAAACCUAAAACAACAUUUAAAUUUAACAACAAUUGUUUUUGGACUCAUCCACCCCAAGCAUGCAUGAAUGGAUGUUUUUAUGCCUAUGUUUUUGAUGGCUAUUACUACAAUGAUCACAAUGCUACGAUGAAACAUAUCUGGGACAGUAACUGGACGGACUACAAUACCACAUCCAGUGUAUUAUAUGUAGCUGUUUGUCACACGGGAAUUACAAAUCAUGACAUGCAACUUACUUUUACAGCUGUUGGUAAGUUCACAAGACCACGUCCAGUGUAUUAUAUGUAGCUGUUUGUCACACAGGAAUUACAAAUCAUGACAUGCAACUUACUUUUACAUCCGUGGAGCGACGUUUUGUAUAUGAAGGAGAUUCAGUCCUCCACCGAACAGGCCAAGUUAUGUCUUCAUUAUUCCCUAAUCCCUACAUACAGAAUGGAGAGCAGACAAUAUAUGUAUUUAGAAGCAGGAAUCCAACAGAUAAAGUAGUUAUAGAAUUUGAUGAUUUUGACAUUGCACCUGGAGGUGCUCUAUAUUUUAAUCCAAGUUCAGAUUAUAGAUUUCCUAUCAUUAUAAAUGAUGCCACUCCUCGACCUGUUGUCCAAUCAGAUAAUAAUGAAUUACAGUUAAUAUUUGACACUGGCUGGCCUGGAUCCUCUUACAGAAAUAAUUUGGGUUUCAAAGCUUCGUAUAGAUUCAUAACAGCACAUGAAUUCUAUCAAAAACCAAAUACUAAUUGUGGAAAGUACUACAUGACAUUGGAUGGUGGCCAUAUUGAAUUUAAACCCCAGUUUUCUAGUGAUCAGUAUGACUGUGUAUGGGUUGUGAAGACACAGCCUGGAUACAAAGGAACAUAUAUGAAGCUGAAUAGGUUCUCUUCAGUUUAUUCAGGUGAUAACAACUCUGGUGAUGUUAAAGUAGAAAUUCACAAAGGUUUGACAUCUGAUGGACUGAUUGUUGGCACAUUAUUUCCUAAGUUUGGUGGCAGCUAUCGGGACUUUGAAGACGAGGAAGGAUUUUACAUACGACUUCGUGGAAUCUACAGAAACUCAAUUACUUUCAAAUUGGCAUUUGCUUCAUAUAAAAAUUAUUAUGAAUCAGGUUGUAAUUCCAAUACCCAUUUUAAAUGUUCCAAUGGGUACUGUAUCCCUGGCCAGCUAGCAUGUGAAGCUCAUAAUAUGGAACAUUGUAAAGAUGGGAGUGAUGAAAGUAUUGGUUGUUCAGGUUCCUAUGACACUAAAUCAGACCACACGUUAACAGUUAGUGUGAUUAUACCCAUUGUUGUUUCUAUAUUCCUACUGAUAGUGUUAUCCGUCCUAUUUGUUCUGGUGAGAAGAUGUCGACAAGCCCAGCAGUUCACCAACAUGAUGAGGGAAAGUAAUGAUCCAGUCGUAUGCACAACAGAUAGAAGGAGAAGGAGAAGAGGCCAUGAUUAUUUCCAGAGACCUGCAGAUGCCCCACCAACUUACGAUGAAGCUUUAAUUACAGGAAUACCAGUUCCAGAUGAUGAAGAAUAUCCUCCAAAACCUCCCCCGUACAGUGAAACUGCAGAUUCACCCAUGAUGGACGAUUCAAGUGAUCCUGCACCACCAUAUUAUUCCACUGAGAACAUUAAUCAGUCUUUUUUAGACGAUAAUGGCAGUCCGAUCAUUGAGAGACAGAGAAUGUCUCCUUCAAACGGUGCUAUCUCUGAACAAGAGGCUGUCUCAACCUCUACACAGACGAGACACGCAAAUGUCCAUAGGAAUUACCAUAAAAAUUCUAAUGGACAGCCAAAACUUCACUUGUUAGACACUGGUCGACUGCCAGAUUUACACAGUAUACAAGCAACUAUUGGUACACAGUCUAUGUGUAACAUAUCUAAUAUUGGGCAGAAUAGUAACUUAACAAAGGCAAGAUCUGAACAAAUUUUGUCACCUAGAGAUCUGGGAGUUGUCAAUCAGGCUUAUCAAAUUGAUGAUCAAGAUCAACAAUCAAGGUUAUUCAAAGGUCAAGCUGUUUCUAACCUUGAACUUCCAACUGGAAGACAUCAUCAAGAUAAAAAUAGAAAACAAACAGACAAUAAUGCCAAAAGAUAUGAAUCUCAAAAGGGAACCAGGAACCAAUAUCAGGAUAGACCACAAAAUCACAAUGGUGCCAGAGGACAGACUGGACACAUAAGAUCUGAUCGAAAUAGAUCACCACAGGAUCGGCAUAGGUCCAGUGACCAUCAAAAUUUUGCUGCUGGUCAGCAAUUGACUCCAGAGAGGUCACAUACCAGAAAUCAAUAUUCCCCCAACACCAAACAAAGUUCAAGGGAAAGAUUGAAAUCAAAUGAAGGGGGUAAUGUCAAUGGUGGUUCCGACAAUAAUCCACCAAGUGCAAGAGAUCGACUGAAACCUAAAGAUCCAAUCUUAAGCAAGAAAUAUUAUGAUGAAUUACAAAGAAGAGAACAGGAUAAGAAUAAACAAUCUAUGAACUACCAACAAAGAGAGCAACCACAUGGUGCAAGGAAAAAUUCCCAAGAAAAUACUGGUGCAAGAAAGAAAUCACAAGACAAAACUGGUGCAAGUAAUAACUCAUGUGACAAAAUAUCUACUAACGGUCACUUACCAAAUAGAAAUACUGAUAGAACAUUAAACAAUCAAGAAUCUAGAAGGGAAAUCAAAAGCAAGAAUAAGGAUGUUAACUCAAUUAGGAGAAAUGGAAUGAGGCAAGACUUAGAUGAAAAUAAAGAUAGUCAUGAAGUUGCUAGAUCGAAACAUCAACUAGGAGGUUCUAAUGUCAGUUUACACUUGUGUGCUGGUAACAGAAGUGAGAUACAUAGAUCCUCUGUCAGUUUAAAUGAGAACAUGUUAGGUAAUACACAUGUCGAGUCUAAUGGUGCAAACAUGGUCAGUGCUGGACACAAUGGACAGAGCAUGGGCCAUGCUGGACAUAAUGGACAGAGCUCCAGUGCUAGACAUAAUGGACAGAGCUCCAGUGCUGGACACAAUGUACAGAGCUCUUGUAUGAGUUUAGAUGACAUUGGCGAAGAUGUUCUUGUUUAGGAUGUUUGUUAAGUUUGACUUUGUUGUUCGUCUUUUUUUUAUUUGUCAUUUUUUUAUCGCCUGGCAGUGGCCUUUGUGAGAAUAUGCUAUUGCUUGUCUUUUAUUAGUUGUAUCAACUUCAUCAGAAAUAUUUUUCCCAUCAACUCUUGAGUAAAAUUUGUAAUGAAGUAUUACUUGAAUAUUCCUAAAAAGCCACCUAUUAAAAUGUAUUUAUACAGAAAAUUUUGUUUACCAAAUAUUUAUUAUUGAUUUAUCUUCUUAGGUUGUACACUAAUACAAUCUUACUUUCCUAGUACUUUACAGAAUAUAAGAAGAUUUUUUUUGUAAUUAAACCUUAAGUUUACAAGGCAGAGUGAGAGAUGCUAGAAUCUAGGAUCUAUGAAAUUAUGUAAUAAGGAUCAUGUUCUCUAUGAAUUGAAUUUUUGUUAA